UUGGCGGUGGCGAGCCCGUCACGCUCAUCUCUCCGCCAUGGCACCCAAAACAGUCUCCUCGCCGGCGACCACCAACUCUUUUCAGUCUUUACUCAGGUCCUACAAUGAGACCACGUUGCCGCGGCUGAAACUCAUCGACGCGUUCCUGCUCUUUCUCAUGCUCUCCGGGAUCAUACAGUUCGUUUACUGUGUCCUGGUAACGAACUUCCCUUUCAACGCGUUCUUGGCUGGCUUUGGCAGCUGUGUGGGACAGUUCGUCCUGACUGCCUCACUGCGGUCACAAGUGAACCCUGCGAACAGGGCUGAGUUCAAGGAGGUGUCACCAGAACGUGCUUUUGCAGACUUCGCAUUGGGCUCCAUCGUCCUCCACUUCUUCGUGUACAACUUCUUGGGCUGAGCCUUCUGCCACCGCAUUGCACUGGUGCACGGAGACGGACAGCGACUGGAUGGAAUGUAUUGUUG